AUGAUCCCCAGGAGAAACUUCCCCAAAGCCUUCUGCAUUGGUCUGAUUCUGGUCACUGUCAUGAACAUCCUUAUGGUAUUUUAUACCAAGGAGAGUUUACAAAACUUGAUUCUGGGGAAUCUACACAAGGAGUUUCAUUUGCCCCCACCAGAGUGGAACGGGGCCAUGAUUAAGAGACUCUCUCAGCUGGAGAUGGAUUUGGAACAUCUGAAAAUUAGCAUGCAACUGGUUAUGAAGCAACAAGAAAAUAUGAACAACAUUCAAAAGAGGAUGAAAGAUGAAGUUCACCCUGUUGGAAAGGCAGUAGAAACCAAAGCCAGUAAGACAAAGAAGCAGAAGCGCAGACCCCCCAAGAAACUCUUCCCCAACUCACCACUCUUCAAGCAGUGGGGUAAGGGGCUUUCUCAAGCCCAGCAGAAAGAGGCUGAGGACCUGUUUCAGAAAUUUGGUUACAACGCGUACCUCAGCAACCAGUUGCCUCACAAUCGCACCAUCACGGACACGCGAGAUUCCAGGUGUGUUCAGAAGACGUACCCUUCCCUACUCCCAUCCCUCAGUGUCAUCCUCAUAUUCAUGGACGAAUCUCUGUCCAUUAUACAACGGGCCAUCACCAGUGUCAUCAGCCGGACCCCACCUCAGUUGCUGAAGGAGAUCAUUUUGGUGGAUGACUUCAGCUCCAAUGGAGAACUAAAGCUGCACUUGGAUGAGAAGAUUAAGCUUUAUAACCAGAAGUAUCCUGGAUUGUUGAAAAUAAUGCGGCAUACUGAGAGAAAAGGUCUUGCUCAAGCACGCAACACCGGCUGGGAAGCCGCCACGGCUGAUGUGGUUGCCAUCUUGGAUGCACAUAUUGAAGUGAAUGUUGGGUGGGCAGAGCCCAUCCUGGCUAGGAUUCAGGAAGACCGCACUGUGAUUGUGUCUCCUGUGUUUGACAAAAUAUGUUUUGAUACUUUACAACUGGUAAAGUAUGACUUGGCAGUGGAUGGGUUUAACUGGGAACUGUGGUGCCGGUAUGAUGCACUGCCACAAGCCUGGAUUGAUCUGCAUGAUGUCACUGCUCCAGUGAAGAGUCCUUCCAUCAUGGGCAUCAUGGCUGCCAACAGACUGUUCUUGGGAGAGAUUGGGGUUCUGGAUGGUGGGAUGCUGGUCUAUGGAGGAGAAAACGUGGAACUUAGCCUGAGGGUGUGGCAGUGUGGAGGGAAGAUCGAGAUCUUACCCUGCUCCAGGAUUGCUCAUCUGGAGAGAUACCACAAGCCCUAUGCCUUGGAUCUAGGCAUUGUCUUGAAGCGCAAUGCUCUGCGAGUGGCUGAAAUCUGGAUGGAUGAGUACAAACACAUGGUGUAUUUGGCCUGGAACAUACCUCUCCAGAACUCUGGAAUUGAUUAUGGAGACAUUUCUUCCAGAAUUUCACUCCGGGAGAAAUUGAAAUGUAAAACUUUUGACUGGUACCUGAAAAAUGUUUAUCCAGUCCUGAAGCCAACCCUCAACAUUGUGGGCUAUGGAAGAAUGAAAAACUCAUUGGAUAAGAGUAUCUGCUUGGAUCAAGGAUCUGUGCCAGGCAAUGUCCCCAUCAUGUAUCCCUGCCAUGAAUUCAGUCCACAGAAUACCUACUACCACCAAACUGGGGAAUUCUACGUGGGAUCUCUGAUUUCAGAGGCAGACAUUGAUGACCGCUGCCUCACAGACCCUGGCAAAGGGGAAAAGCCUACUUUGGAGCCAUGUUCCAAGGCAGCCAAGAGUGGGCUACACAUAUAUUGGGAUUUUAAGCAGGGAAGAGCCGUCAUGAACAGGGACACCAAACGGUGUCUGGAGAUCAGGAAGGACCCUUCAGGUACCUACAUACCUGUGCUGCAGAACUGUACGACGCAAAUGUGGGAAAUACAGUACAUCAUCAGAAACUGGAAUCAGACCGAUGUCCAGUGA